UCCUGUAUUCCUAAGACUUUCCUUCCAUAAUAAUCUUGUCAUAUCCAUUUAUCCUACUCUUCCCUGACUUCUUCUUCUUCUUGUUCAUCUUUGCUUUGUAGAAUAUAAAGUCAGUAUGGUGCUUAGUGUCUCAAAACUAGGUAAUUUUCCUCUAGUAUUAGUGUUACUACUAAUUGUAUUUCCAAUUUCAACUGCUGCUAAGAGGAAGUGUGAUUUUCCGGCGAUUUUCAACUUUGGUGACUCAAAUUCCGACACCGGUGGAUUAUCGGCGGCAUUUGGUCAGGCUGGUCCGCCCGCCGGAGAGACAUAUUUUGGUUCCCCUGCCGGGCGCUACUCUGAUGGUCGUCUUGUUAUUGAUUUUAUCGCUGAAAGCUUAGGAUUACCACAUCUAAGUGCAUUCUUAGAUGCACUGGGUUCAAACUUCAGUUAUGGAGCCAACUUUGCCACAGCUGGUUCGACAAUCAGACCCCAAAACACAACUCUACAUCAAAGUGGUUUCAGCCCCAUUUCAUUAAACGUUCAGUUUUACGAAUUCAACGAUUUCCAUCGCAGGUCUCAGAUUAUCCGUAGCAAAGGGAAUGUCUUUAGUCAGUUGAUGCCUAAGGAGAAACAUUUUUCCCACGGUUUAUACACAUUUGACAUUGGACAAAAUGAUUUAACUGCUGGUUACUUCCUUAACAUGACCACUGAUCAAGUUAGAGCUUAUGUGCCUGAUUUAAUGGAUCAAUUCACGACUGUAAUCAAGGACAUAUAUGAUCAAGGUGGUAGAUAUUUUUGGAUUCAUAAUACUGGGUCUGUUGGUUGUCUACCUUAUAUCUUGGAUCGCCUGCAAAUUACGGCAGCACAAAUUGAUAAGGCAGGAUGUGCCUCUCCCUUUAAUAAGGUGGCUCAAUAUUUCAAUACUAAGUUGAAGGAAGCUGUGUUCCAGCUCCGAAAGGAUCUUCCAUUGGCUGCUCUUACCUAUGUUGAUGUAUAUUCUGCCAAGUAUGAACUCAUUAGUCACGCUAACAAGCAUGGGUUUGAGCAUCCACUACAAGCUUGCUGUGGGCAUGGAGGAAAGUACAAUUAUAACAUGAAACAUGGAUGUGGAAGCAAGAUCAAGGUUAAAGGCAAAGAAAUAAUGUUGGGAAAAUCAUGCAAAGAUCCAUCAGUAAGAAUCAAUUGGGAUGGUGUGCAUUACACAGAGGCUGCUAAUAGAUGGGUGUUUGAAAAAAUUGUCAAUGGUUCAUAUUCAGAUCCUCCACUUCCAUUGAACAUGGCAUGUCAUAAGCAAUAAGCUUAUUCAUCAAAGAUAGCAGAAAAUUGAUAUCUAUUUCGUUAUAGUUCUCAACCUCCACCGCAUUAAUUUUUAUUUAUGUAGUCAUCAGAAAUUCACUUUGUUUUUAAUUUGAUUCCCAAAUUUACCAGCAGUCGAAAUUCUUUCA